AUUAUAUCCAUUCAGGACUUAACCAUCCAGGGGGCCUUUACCCUUUUUAUUAUUAUUAUCUCUAAUUUGUCCACUGUAGUCAACGCAAGGAAACAGCCAUAGGCUGGGGUCCCCCCGACCUUAGGGUUGCAAAAGUAAAAAACAAAACACCCUGAUAGAUGAGCUUUUUUAAAAAAGGAAACCCCAAACUUUUAUGUUGUUGUUGUUUAGUCGUUUAGUGACCCCAUGGCUUUAUAUAUAUGUUUUUUACAAACAUGUAAAAAAAACCGCAAUUUUUUAAAUCAAAGAUUAGUCAUUGCCAAUGAAAAGUAAUAAAUGAAUAGAAAAAGAACCUACCCACGUGACGCUGAAACCAAAACCUUGCACAUGCAGUACGUAAAGGAAUGAAAGUCGCCCUUCUCUCCCCACUUCUCUCCCCCGCCCCCCUUAUACUGCAAGCAGGAGAGCUUUCCAAACUUUUCAUGUUGGUGACACACUUUUUAGACAUGCAUCAUUUCGCGACACAGUAAUUCAGUUUCCCUAGCAAACCAGAGGUUAAACUUACCCCUUUCCAGUUCCAGGGAGGAACGUGGGGAGCAUUCGCAAGACACACCUACACACUGCAGCCUAUAAAUUAACGUGUCUCGUAUAGAGCAUUAAAGUUUCUCAUUGAAUAUAAGUGGUCUGAAAAAAGGACUUUUAUGAUCUGAAAACAGAGACAAUGUAUGCACUUUUUUGGUAACCCAAGAAAAUCUUUAAUAAUAAUAGUAAUAGUAAUAAUAAUAAAGAAUGAAGUUGCAAGCCCCUAUGGGGAAGACUGAGAUUCCCACUCUGCGCUUGCCACCAAAGGCGUUCUUGAGGUGCUGCUAUUUUUGCUGAGGGCGUUUUGUCAUUACAGUGACCGCUAACCUUUGAUAAACCCAGAUGCCAACUUUGCUGCCACAUACACUCGGACAACACCAUUACUGGCCCCAACAUCAAACAUACCAUCUCAGGACUAUUUAAUUGCUCGUCUAACAUUGUGUAUGCCAUCAAAUGCCCGCAAUGCCCUUCAGCUCGCUAUAUUGGACAAACAGGCCAAACCGUAUGCCAAAGGAUAAAUGGACAUAAAUCUGACAUCAGGAAUCACAAGACAGAGAAACCAGUAGGACAACACUUCAAUCUCCCAGGACAUUCUAUACAACAGGCAUGUCCAACAGGUAGAUCGUGAUCUACCAGUAGAUCACCGGACAUCUGUGGUAGAUCACUGGUAGAUCACCGGCUCCCCCUAAAGAAGCUCAACAACUUCUGCUCCGCCCCAAAAGGCUCAAAAUUUUAGUUCUUCACACCCCAAAAACGGGGUUUCCCUCCUGCCUCAAAAAAUCUCAACAACCUUGACCUGAACCCCUAAAAAAGGGGGCAGAUCACUGCCAGUUUUUAACUCUGUGAGUAGAUCCCAGUCUCUUGGGAGUUGGCCACCCCUGCUAUACAAGAUCUCAAAGUACUGUAGCUGUCUUAUUACAAAAGAAUUUCAGAAAUAGACUGGAAAGGGAAGUUGCUGAACUGCAACUCCUUACCAAACUUGGAACCAUGGAGAGACCUGGCCUGAUCAAAGACAUUGGAUUCUUAUCUCAUUAUACAUGAUAAAGCUAUCUUUAGCCAUCUCACCCCUUGCUUUUUCCUGUAAGACCAAUUGCAGUCAUUAACAGUCAUCAACGAGUUUCCACAUCUAUCAGUCAAAUACCCAUUCCCACCACCCUCCUGAAAAUACCCCUCCCCACCCUCACACUAUGUAUAAGGGUCUGGAGACGUUCAGUGUAUCUGAAGAAGUGUGCAUGCACACGGAAGCUCACAUCAAUGACAAACUUUGUUGGUCUCUAAGGUGCUACUGGAAGAAAAAAAAAUUACUUUGAGGAUGUGCAUGUUUAUUUCACCAGAUUCGAAAGGCCCCCCCCCCCCCCGGUUGGAUGUUGGCCGAAGAGCAAGGGAGGCCAUGCUGGAGAAUGAGGGGAACGAGGCUUCUCUGGCAGGAAACUCGAGGAGGAAACAUUUCUGCCCAGAGUGUGGCCGAUGCUUUGCCUUCAGGUUGGCUCUUGCUAGACACCAGAGAAUCCACACAGGGGAGAAGAUCCAGGAAAAGUCUGAGAGUGGGGAAUGUUUGGGUCAGAGUUUGGAGCUUGCAAGCCAUUCGGAAACCCCUAUGUCUUCAGAGUUCAGUAAGGUUCUUGCCCAUCAGCCCAUCGUUCUGAUCCACCGGAACAUCCAUGCAGGAGGAGAUAAGUCAUAUCGCUGCUUGGAGUGUGGGGAAGGUUCCUCCCAACUCUCAGAUUUUGUGAAACAUGAAAGAGGCCACAGAGGAGAGAAACCCCGUAAAUAUGGCGAGAGUAGGAACGGGUUCCCCAAGAGAUCGCAGCUUCGUGAAGACCGUAACGUCCACACAGGAGAGAAGCCCCACAAAUGCAGUGUGUGUGGGUUAUGCUUUUUUGUUAGGUCAACACUUGUUACCCAUCAGCGAACCCACACUGGAGAAAAACCCUAUAAAUGCCUGGAGUGUGGGAAAUCAUUUGCUCAAAAGUCAGUCCUUGUAAUCCAUCGGAGGCUCCACACAGGAGAGAAGCCCUAUGAAUGCUGGGAGUGUGGGAAAUGUUUUCCUCAAAACGCACAGCUUUGGAGCCAUCGUUUGGUUCACACAGGGGAGAAACGGUAUAAGUGCUUGGAAUGUGGAAGAAGGUUUACUCAGCGUUCCUCACUUGUGCGCCAUCAGAGAACCCACACAGGAGAACAGCCCCAUAAGUGCCAGGAGUGUGGAAAAUGUUUCCCCACAAAAGGAAGUCUCAGGCGACACCAGAGAAUCCACACAGGAGAGAAGCCCUAUGAAUGUAGAGAGUGUGGGAAAAAUUUUCAUGAGAAAGCUGACCUUCUGAGGCAUCAGACUAUUCACACCGGGGAGAGGCCCCAUAAAUGUGUGGAGUGUGGGAAAAGUUUUAUUUCACCAUCACAUCUUGCAAUCCACCAAAGAAUCCACACUGGGGAGAAACCCUACAAAUGCAUGGAGUGUGGAAAAUGCUUUUCCCAGAAACAGCACCUCAAAGCGCAUGAAAAAAUCCACACUGGGGAGAAACCCUACAAAUGCAUGGAGUGUGAAAAAUGUUUUGCCCACAAAUCACACCUUCAUGUACACCAGAGAAUCCACACAGGCGUGAAGCCAUAUGAAUGUGGAGAGUGUGGGAAAUGUUUUUCUACUUCAUCACAUCUUAUUUCUCAUAGGAGAGUCCACACAGGAGAGAAACCAUAUAAAUGUUUAGACUGUGGAAUGUCAUUUACUUUAGCACAAAGCCUUAAGGGUCAUCAGAGAAUUCAUACAGGAGAGAAACCCCACAAAUGCUUGGCGUGUGGGAAAUGUUUUUCAAGGAAAGACACCCUUGUGACCCAUCAGAGAACCCACACAGGAGAGAAACCCUAUAAAUGCUUGGAGUGUGGGAAAUGUUUUCCAAGGAAAAACACCCUUUUGAUCCAUCAGAGAUCCCACAGUGGAGAGAAACUUUACAAGUGCUUGUAGUGUGGGAAAUCAUUUUCUCAGAAGUCAUACCUUGUGAUCCAUCAGAGGAUCCACACAGGAGGGAAACCUUAUAAAUGCUUGAAGUGUGAGAAAUCAUUUCCUUAGAUAUAAUGCCUUGUGAUCCAUAAGAGGAUCCACACAGGAAAGAAACAGUUCAAGUGCUUGGAGUGUGGGAAUUGCUUUUGUGAGAAAGUGAGUCUUUCAAAACACCAGGGAAUUCACACAAUAAGCCAAUCCUAUAAAUGUAGAGUAACAAAAUCCCUUAAGGAGCACCAGAGAAUACACACAGGAGGGAAAUCCUACAAAUGCUUGGAGUGUGGGAAAUGUUUUUCUCAGUCAUCACAUUUUCACAGUGUGGAAACCUUCGAAAACACCAUAGACUCCAUAUGGAAUAGAAAGCGUAUAAAUGUUGGGGAAUGCUUUCUAAAGAAACGAAUCUUUUAUCAAUACUGGAGAUUCCACUCAGGAAAUACAAUGCAAGUGUCUGUAGUGUGGGAAAUGGUUCGCUGCUCAUUCGGACCUUCAAAGGCACCAGAGAAUCCACAGAAAAGGAAAACCGAUUAAUGUUUUGAGUGUGGGAAAUGUUUUGCUUGGACGGGGCAGGCUGGUCCUGCAUCAGGGAGCCCACACAGGAGAGAAACCACAAAAAUGCUUUGAAUAUGUGUAUUGCCAGAUAUUUUCAGAAAGUGGUGUCUCCUGAUCUCGAUGUAAUGGUAGCUUUAAAUCCUUAUAUAUCUAUCUGUACAUAUAAUGAGGGCUUCCCCAUGAAUUUAUCUGUAUAAUGAGAACUUGGCAUCAACCAGAGGUCUAGACAGCUGGGCUCAUAAGGAGUCAACUAGCAGACAGGCCUGUCAUGACCCAGCCAUGGAAUUGGCAAUUAGACAUCGCCCUUGGCUCACUGCUGAGAACAGAGGGAGUAACUUUGCUCUGUGCAAACUGCAGAGACAAGGGAGGAUGGCAACAGAACC